AUCACCUCCCUCAACAGCAAGUUCUUCCACGUGAACAUGUUCAGCUGCAGCAACAUCGACAUCCACUCCAUCACGAUAACCGCCCCCGGCGACAGCCCCAACACUGACGGGAUCCACAUGGGCGCCUCCUCUAACAUCAUCAUCGCCAACUCCACCAUCGGCACCGGAGAUGACUGCGUCUCCGUCGGGUCGGGCACAACCAACGUGACCGUAUCUGGAGUCACGUGUGGGCCCGGCCAUGGCAUCAGCGUCGGCAGUUUGGGCAAGGAUGAGGACAAGGGGGAUGUCGUGGGGUUUAGUGUGAGGAACUCUAAGCUGAGUGGGACUACAAACGGGAUCAGGAUCAAGACUUGGCAGGGCAAGAAGGAUGCUAAGAAUGUUGAGCCCAUGAUGGUUUCGGAUUUCACGUUCGAUGAUGUAGUGAUGGAGAAUGUGAUGAAUCCGAUUAUUAUCGAUCAGGAGUAUUGUCCCUAUGCUUCUUGUGUGGAAUCGGUACGUUCGUAAUCAAGAUUAUGCAUAUAUGGAGCAAAUAAUUAGAAGCAUUACAUUUGUAUGUUUUGCAUAUAUAUAGGGUAAAUUUCACACUGAAUGUUUUGCAUGAAACCCCUGAUCGAACUUAA